CGCCACUCACUACCCUGCACGCCGCACGCCGCGGAGUCCCUGAGAGCUGAUGCUCGUGGGAGCGACUUGGCUUGGAGCGCGGGUCGCCGCUCCUCCGAGACACCAUGCAGGUCUCCAGCCUCAACGAGGUGAAGAUUUACAGCCUCAGCUGCGGCAAGUCCCUUCCUGAGUGGCUUUCGGACAGGAAGAAGCGAGCGCUGCAGAAGAAGGAUGUCGAUGUCCGCAGAAGAAUUGAACUGAUUCAGGAUUUUGAAAUGCCUACUGUUAGUACCACUAUUAAGGUUUCAAAAGAUGGACAGUAUAUUUUGGCAACUGGCACGUACAAGCCCCGGGUCCGGUGCUACGACACCUACCAGUUGUCCUUGAAGUUUGAGAGGUGUUUAGACUCAGAAGUGGUCACCUUUGAAACGUUGUCCGACGACUAUUCAAAGAUCGUCUUCUUACAUAACGAUCGAUACAUCGAGUUCCAUUCCCAGUCGGGCUUUUACUACAAAACCAGAAUCCCCAAGUUUGGGAGGGACUUCUCGUACCAUUACCCGUCCUGCGACCUGUACUUCGUCGGCGCAAGCUCUGAGGUUUAUAGGUUAAACCUAGAACAAGGACGGUACCUGAAUCCCCUGCAGACGGAUGCCGCGGAGAACAACGUCUGUGACAUCAACUCCGCGCACGGCUUGUUUGCCACGGGAACGGUAGAGGGCCGCGUGGAGUGCUGGGACCCCAGGACGCGCGGCCGCGUGGGCCUGCUGGACUGCGCGCUCAGCAGCGUCACUGCAGACUCGGAGAUAAACAGUUUACCAACAAUCUCUGCUUUGAAGUUCCAUGGCGCCUUGACCAUGGCAGUCGGGACAUCCACAGGGCAGAUCUUACUCUAUGACCUGCGGUCGGACAAGCCGCUGCUAGUUAAGGAUCACCAGUACGGGCUGCCCAUUAAGUCGCUUCAUUUCCAGGACUCCUUAGAUUUGGUCUUGUCUGCAGACUCUCGGAUCAUCAAGAUGUGGAAUAAGAACUCAGGGAAAAUAUUCACUUCCUUGGAGCCAGAACACGAUAUUAAUGAUGUCUGCCUCUACCCCGACUCAGGGAUGCUUCUCACCGCCAACGAAACCCCCAAGAUGGGCAUCUAUUACAUUCCGGUGUUGGGCCCCGCGCCCAGGUGGUGCUCCUUCCUGGACAACCUGACGGAAGAGCUGGAGGAGAACCCGGAGAGCACGGUGUACGACGACUACAAGUUCGUCACCAGGAAGGACCUGGAAAACUUAGGGCUCACGCAUCUCAUCGGGUCACCUUUUCUCCGGGCCUACAUGCAUGGGUUCUUCAUGGACAUACGGCUCUACCACAAGGUGAAGCUGAUGGUAAACCCAUUUGCUUACGAAGAGUACAGGAAAGACAAGAUCCGACAGAAGAUAGAGGAGACCCGGGCACAGAGAGUCCAGUUGAAGAAACUGCCGAAGGUCAACAAAGAGCUGGCGCUGAAACUGAUGGAGGAGGAGGAGGAGAAGCGGAGCUCUGCGUGGAGAAAGAAAGCCAAGAGCCUUCCCAACAUCCUGACUGACGACCGGUUUAAAGUUAUGUUUGAGAACCCCGACUUCCAAGUAGACGAAGAGAGCGAAGAAUUUAGGCUUUUGAAUCCACUUGUUUCAAAGAUCAGUGAAAAAAGGAAGAAGAAGCUGAGACUCUUAGAGCAGCAGGAGCAGCGAGACAAGGAAGAGGAGGAAGAGCCGGAAGGAAGGCCGAGCGACGCGGAGAGCUCCGAGAGCUCGGACGACGAGAAGGCCUGGGUCGAGGAGGUCAGGAAGCAGCGCCGGCUGCUGCAGCAGGAGGAGAGGGCCAGGCGGCGGCAGCAGCUCAGGGAGGACCAGCAGACCGUCCUCAAGCCCCAGUUCUACGAGAUCAAAGCAGGCGAGGAAUUCAGGAGCUUCAAAGACUCUGCCACGAAGCAGAAGCUGAUGAAUAAAACCCUGGAGGAUCGGCUGAGACUCGAAGCAGAGAAGGGGGCGCUGAGCGUGGCGGACACCACGGUGGGCAGCAAGCAGCUGACGUUCACGCUGAAGAGGUCCGAACAGCAGAAGCAGCAGCAGGAGGCCGAGAAACGGCACCGCCAGGAGAGGAAAGCUCUCCGUCGCUCAGCUGGCCACCUGAAGUCCAGGCGCACGAGAGGACGGCCCUUCCACUGAGUCCGGAGCGGACUGGCUGCGCGGCCGGGAGGGUGGGUAGGCACCGGAGCGCGCCGGCCACGGACCAGAGGCACGCGGGUCGC